AUGGUGAAUGUCAAGGUCGAGUUUCUAGGUGGCCUUGAUGUUAUCUUUGGUAAACAGAGGACGCAUAAGGUCUCUGUUAGUGGGAACGGCGAUGUGACGGUCGGUAACCUCAUUGACUAUAUUGUUGACAAUAUGAUCAAAAACCCAAGAGAUAAGGAAGUCUUUAUCGAGAACGACACCAUCAGGCCUGGUAUUUUAACCCUUAUUAAUGACACAGACUGGGAGUUGGAAGGGGAGAAGGAAUAUGUUUUGGAGGAUGGCGAUAUUGUAUCUUUCACCUCGACUCUGCACGGAGGCUAA